UCCCUUUCCCCUGUUUUCCUCCACCGAAAAAGGGUCUCUUCAUUCUCUGAUCUCCUCUGCCAUUAGUCGCCAAUGUCACUCCUCCAACUCUGUUUCACUUCAUUUCUUCUCCUUCUUCCCCUUCCUUCAUACUCCCUCAACGAUGAAGGCCUCACCCUCCUCUCCUUCAAACAGUCCCUGCAACAAAAACCCAGCACUACCCAAUUGCAAAAUUGGAAUCCCUCAGACACAAAUCCUUGCUCCUGGGAAGGAAUCGGCUGCAACCCACUCGGCCGAGUCAUCUCACUCACCCUUCCUUACAAACAACUCGCCGGAUCCUUCCACCUCGACUCCACAAACCUAACCCAACUCCGCCACGUCAAUCUCCGCAGCAACAACCUCACCGGAACCCUCCCGCCGGAGCUCCUCCAAUCACCCGCGCUCAAAACCCUCGUCCUCUCCGAAAACUCAAUUUCCGGCCCGAUUCCGUCCGAAAUCGGGAACGCCGACCGCCUCCAAACCCUCGACCUCUCUCAAAAUUCCUUCAACGGCCCUCUCCCUCCAUCAAUUCUCAACUGCAAGAGACUGAAACAGCUCGUCCUCAGCUCCAAUCUCUUCUCCGGCUCCCUACCCGACGGAAUCGGGCCCAGUUUAAUCACCCUCCAGAGCCUCAACCUAUCGUCCAACGCUUUCACUGGACGCAUCCCCGGCGACAUUGGAAACCUGUCGAAUCUGCAGGGAGCUCUCGAUCUGUCGCACAAUUUCUUCACCGGCGCAAUCCCGUCGAGCCUCGGCGGUCUCCCGGAGACGGUCUACAUCGAUCUCAGCCACAACAAUCUGAGCGGCCCAAUUCCCCAGUCUCGGACCCUGCUCGAUGCUGGGCCCACAGCUUUCCUCGGCAACCCACUCCUCUGCGGGCCGCCCACGAAAGCCCUCUGCCUGUCUCUCCCGGAAAAGCCCAAGCCCAUGGCCGACGAUCCGUUACUCGAGCCCGGCAGCGGCGAGAGGCGCCUGAGUCCGGCUCUGCUAGCGAUCGCGAUUGUAUCCGGGACAGUUUUAGCGAUCGGCGUGGUCGCUCUGUCGUUUGCGUACUGGAGGAGAGCUCAACACGGGAAGCGGAACGACGUCGUGGUGGCGGCCGGCGGCGGGAGAUCGGGAGCGGCGGGGAAAGAGAUGCUCUGUUUCAGUAGGAGGGAUGACGUGGAGUCGCUGGCGUCGGAGAAUGUGGAGCAGUACGCGUUCUUGAAGGUGGAGGCAGAGCCGGGGUUUGAUUUGGAGCAGCUGCUGAAAGCGUCGGCGUUUCUGCUUGGGAACGGUGGGGCGGGGAUCAUGUACAAAGUUGUGAUCGAGAACCGGGCGAGCCUGGCGGUGAGGCGGCUGGAAGAUGGAGGCGGCGGGCAGAGGUUUAGGGAGUUUCAGGGGGAAGUGGAAGCGAUCGGGAAGAUUAGGCACCCGAACAUUGUGAGGCUUCUGGCUUGCUGCUGGUGUGUUAGUGAGAAGCUGCUCAUCUAUGAGUAUGUGCCCAAUGGGAACUUGGCUACUGCAAUUCACGGUGGAGGAACGGAGUGACAAACUUCAAGCCAAUGCCAUGGUCUACCCGUCUCCGAAUUCUCAAAGGCCUGGCCAGAGGCUUGACAUUCAUCCACGAAUGCAGCCCCAAGAGGUACGUCCAUGGCCAUCUGAAGCCCACCAGCAUACUCCUAACAAGCGACAUGGAUCCUCGAAUCGCCGAUUUCGGCCUCAACCGCCUCGCCUGCAAUCCAACAACAGCCGAAGAAUCAUCAUCCUUUGAACCUCCUCUGGCUCACACGGAGAGCAGCAGGACGCCUUCUCAGUGCUCACCAUAUCCAUUGACACCCACCAACGCUAAGACGAACAACGCGUCGUUCUACUACGAAGCUCCUGAGAUGGCUUCGCGAUCAUCAGCUUCGUCGUCGAAGCCGUCGCAGAAGUGGGAUGUCUACUCGUACGGGAUGAUCCUCCUCGAGAUCGUCACCGGGAAGUCUCCCGCGGCGAUUCUGAACGCUUCUGAGAUGGAUUUGGGGAAAUGGGUUCAGCUCAGCAUCGAUGUUAGUAAGCCGAUUGGUGAUAUUGUGGAUCCCUUCUUGGCGCAUGAUUCGGGUAAAGAAUUGCAGAUGGCUGCUGUGAUGAAGAUUGGUUUGGCCUGUGUUGGAGGGAAUCCUGACAAGAGACCUUCGAUGAGGAAUGUCGGAAUUGCUCUGGAGAAAGCGGGGGAGGAAUAGGUGGAUUGUAGAUGAAACAAAUUUGUGAGCAACAAGAUGAUAGUGUGCAGAACAGAGGAGUCGUCGAGUGCUUUCAAGUGGCGUUACAUGUUUUUGUUUAUGAUAUUUUACAGAUUAUUUAUGGGUUGGCAGAAUGUUAUACUGUGUGAAAUUUGUUAUCAUUCUGCGAAAUGUAAUAGCAAAUCAAUUUUUUUGACAUUAUGAUGCUGUUGGAUGAUUUUUUCUAUAAGAUAACGAAUCUAAAUACGAG